AUGUCAGCUAAUAGCACCUUAAAUAAGGUCGCUGCCCAAGCGGCUAACGAGACGCUCUUCCUCAACGCCCAACCAAGACCCGACCACAAUUGGAAAGUCUGCCUAGAGAACAAAAUCAUUGGUAUCACGGGCGCCAACAGAGCCUUGACCUGUUUAAGCCCGGCGUACACGCUCGGCAAGGCGGCCAUGACGUGCUUUGUUGACCAGGCUUCGGACUGGAACCCGAAGAUGCAAUACUACAUCGUAUGCCCAGGCUGGCUGACCCCAAGGAGCCUGGUGCAGCAUAUGUUUCUCUCUUGUCCGAUGCUGCGAGUUACACGACGGACAUUGGCAUUCCCGUCGCUGGAAUUGUGGGGGCGUGGUGAGCGAUACAUCUAUGGCUUGUACGAAGUCAAUAUUGAGACAGCUAAAAGCUGCCACAGUAACGACAAGGUUUGCAAAUACAUGAUAUGGAAGAUCAGCGGGGAACAACUCUAUUGUAAAGCUAGUGUCUCGUCUGGUGCUGGUUGUAUUACUAAAUUAAAGCCAUAA